AUGACAAGGUCACAGCACAGGACUCCUACCAUUACCACGAUCAUAACUUGUACACUGGAGAAGAUACAUUCAGCAGGGAACCAUUUGUGGUCCAAUUCAACUGCCCCGAGACAGCGAUUCAAGAUUUUGUGUGCUGGUUCCUCUACAUUCUGCACCUAA